UCAUCCAAUGUGGAACACGAAGAGACUGUUACAAAGAGUUCCUUGAUUCAUCCUGGCAAACUUGGGGAAAGUUUGCACAAAUCUAUAGUGCACCUUUUACGUUCCGUUUAAAGAGAAUCCGGUACGACCUCGAGCAAAAAAAGGAAGGGAAAUCACUUUCACGACAUUUCGGCCUCUAAACAUGGAGCUUGUAUCUGGGGAUCAGCAAAACAGGGGAAUUGUUCCUUCAAGACAUGUGGUAUAUUUGCGUGCUAGAACGAAUUGGUUCUCUGUGCUCUCGGGAAUGGCUCAAUGAGCAGAGUGGUUUCGGUUCACGGCGAGGACAGAUAUCUGUGCUAAUCCUCAUGCCUCGGGAAAUCGUUCAUAUUCAAGCCGGCCAAUGUGGCAACCAGAUAGGUGCCAAAUUCUGGGAAAUCAUCUCGGAUGAGCAUGGCGUGGAUCCUAAAGGCUUCUAUCAGGGCGACUCGGACCUCCAAAUCGAGCGGAUUGAAGUGUAUUACACAGAAGCGAGCGGUGGUCGGUAUGUUCCGCGGUGCGUGUUGGUGGACCUCGAACCGGGAACCAUGGACUCUGUCCGAUCCGGUCCCUAUGGGCAGAUCUUCCGGCCAGACAACUUCGUUUUUGGCCAAUCUGGGGCAGGAAAUAAUUGGGCCAAAGGCCAUUACACGGAAGGCGCUGAAUUGGUGGACUCGGUUCUGGAUGUGGUUCGUCGAGAGGCCGAGGUUUGCGACUGUUUGCAAGGGUUCCAAUUGACUCACUCAUUAGGAGGUGGAACAGGUUCGGGCAUGGGAACUCUCCUGAUAUCGAAGAUCAGAGAAGAAUACCCUGACCGGAUCAUGAAUACCUACUCCGUGGUGCCUUCGCCUAAGGUGUCAGACACAGUUGUGGAGCCCUACAACGCCACCCUCUCCGUCCAUCAACUGGUUGAGAAUACAGACGAGACUUUCUGCAUUGAUAAUGAGGCCCUCUACGACAUAUGUUUCCGAACCUUGAAAUUGGCCACUCCCACGUACGGAGAUUUGAACCAUCUGGUCUCACUCACAAUGUCUGGCAUCACUACCUGCCUUCGAUUCCCCGGACAAUUGAAUGCCGAUCUCCGGAAGCUGGCCACCAACAUGGUUCCCUUUCCGCGGCUGCACUUCUUCAUGCCCGGGUUUGCCCCCUUGACAGCCAGGGGAAAUGUGGGAUACCGGUCCCUCACUGUGGCAGAAUUGACUCAGCAAAUGUUCGAGACGAAAAACAUGAUGGCGGCUUGCGAUCCCCGCCACGGGCGAUAUCUAACCGUGGCGGCUAUUUUUCGAGGCCGAAUGUCCAUGAAGGAAGUGGACGAGCAGAUGAUGAACAUCCAAAACAAAAAUAGCUCCUACUUUGUGGAGUGGAUUCCCAGUAACGUCAAAACAGCUGUUUGUGACAUUCCACCACGUGGUCUCAAGAUGGCCGCCACGUUCAUUGGAAAUUCGACUUCAAUCCAGGAACUGUUCCGACGAAUCUCGGAGCAAUUCACUGCUAUGUUCCGUCGCAAGGCCUUUUUACAUUGGUACACGGGGGAAGGCAUGGACGAGAUGGAAUUCACCGAGGCAGAGUCAAAUAUGAAUGACUUAGUCUCCGAGUACCAACAAUACCAGGACGCUACCGCUGAUGACGAAUAUGAAGAAUAUUCCGAAGAGGAGGAAUACUAAAAUGUUAUCCCAAAAUAUGACAAGUGUGAUCAUCAGUACAGUUUAUAGUAAUUUAGUCUUAAGGGCCAACAAUUUCAAGAAAAUUUUCAUUCCUAUGUAAAUAAACGCGUGAGUCAUU